UCUACCUGAAAGCUUGUGAUUCGUCGCCGCCGCAGCUCGCGUUGAUCGCCCUGUCCUCUGCUUUUCCCUGUGUUUCUCUUCCUGAAGAGUUCCCUUGUGUCUCCCGCGACUUGUAUGAGCGAAGCCAUGAGGAUAACUGAUGGCGGUUCAGACCCGCGAAAGAGCAAAGAGGAUGAGGUGGUCGACAGGAUCAGCGGUUUGCCCGACUCGCUACUCCUCCACAUACUCUCCUUCCUGCCCUUCAGGUGCGCUGUCCGCGCAUCCUUGAUACUUCGGCCGUUCCGUGGCCUUUGGAGAUCUCUGAGUAGUCUGUCCUUCGAGGAGUGCGAUUUCCAUGCCUGCCGUCGCGGCCGUUCUGGAGCCGGUGAGUUCUUGAAUUUCGUCGAGCAUGUGUUGGCUCUACACGAGAGCCCCAAAAUCCAUACGUUCCGUAUCGAGUUGAACUUUCAUGCGAGUGGCUUUCCUAACCCUGAAUUUGACGGUCGUGGAGUAAUGUCAAAUAGACUGGAUGAGUGGAUAUGCUUCGCGCUGAAGAAAAAGGUGAAGGUCCUCGAUGUUGCCCUAGGUGGCUGUGCUAGGCCGAUGGGAGCAAAGCCAGCUCUUCACUAUAGAGUGCCGAGUGCUGUUCUCGGUUCUAGUAACCUGGUGGAGCUUAAAUUGAAGGUUUGUAAUAUCGAAUCUCUAGGACAGAUUCAUUUGAAAUCGCUUCAAAAGUUGUCGAUGUUUGAUGUUAAUUUAAGCGAAGAGGUGAUACAAAAUCUGGUUUCGGGAAGCCCGUCAUUGAAGAAGGUGUCCCUCCAAUAUUGCCAUGGCCUACAAGUUCUGAAGUUCGAAAGGCACCCGUCCCUUGAAGAAUUGAAUGUUUGUAAUUGUGUUGACCUGGAAAAAGUGGAUCUUGCUAGUUCGGGCAUCAAAAUAUUGGCCGUCUAUGUCGGUUAUCCCCUGAGUAAGAUAAUCUGUCCGAAUGUCAUGACACUUGAACUGGAUGGAUUACAAGAUGAUGUAAAUUUGGAUUGCGGGUCUUCCCUUAAUGAUGUGGCCCUCUAUGUCAGCGGUUUUGGAGAUUUCUUGUUGGAACGAGGUGUCUUUCUGGAAUAUUAUGAGUUCAAAAGGCUUCUGAAAAAGCUCCGUAGCAUUGCACAUUUUACUCUGUGCAAUCGGAGUAUACUGGUCUUUAGCAUAUGGGAGCUGAACAAUCAAACAUGUCCAUCUUUCAACUGGAAGUCAGUGACAAUGACACUUAAUUUGGCAAAGUGGCACCUCCCUGGGAUUUCUUACCUAUUAGAGGCUUGCGAUUUUCUAGAAACACUUACCAUAUAUGUUUAUCCGUCAAAUCCCGAAGAUAUUCAGAGAAAUACGUGGGAUCGAGCGUGUAAUUUUGAUGGGAGGAGUUAUUGGCAUUCUGUUCAAGGCACAUUUCAUUGUCUUGCUCACCACCUCAAGAAUGUAAUGGUAUAUGCAUGCGUGACCGAACCAUACGUGAUUGAGCUAAUCGAGUUUUUACUUGGGAACGCACUGGUUUUGGAGAAAAUGGUGAUCUCUACUAAAAGGAAUUCUAAAGAAAAUCGAAAUGGGAUUUUAUAUUUAGCUGACACCUCCGGCCUAGAAAAGGACUAUACUUCGGAUAUGCUUCUGGAUUUUUCGCAAAAGGUUCUUAGCUUACCGAGAAUUUCUCCCCGUGCAGUCGUACACAUGGCAGUAUGUUGAUAUGGUUUUCUCAAAUGUAGAAGUACUGCUCUAUUUCAUUUAUACAAUUUCUAUUAUGCUAACAAGUCAUGUCUCUGUCGUCAGUUUACAUUUUCUUUUAGCUGGCUUUCUCUUUUGGUCUUAAAUCGAUGGAUUCAAUAGUUUAUUAUUGGAAACACAACUUUACGAA